AUGAUCUCUUUCAAGACGAACCAGCAGGCUAAUGUGGCGGCAGAUGCCAGCCAGAAGCUGUUCAAGCUGGCCUCAGAGGCACAUACCAAGCCUCUAUGGACAGAAAUGGCAAAGAUUAACCCACGAGUCCCGAAUUCGUCGUGCGUGCCAGUGGUCUGGCAGUACGAGCAAAUCAAACCUGUUUUACUACUUGCGGGGCAGGUGGUUCCUCCAGAGGAGGCUGAAAGACGAACAUUGAUGUUGAUCAAUCCAGCUCGAGAGCCUCCAUUUGCAAACGACACGUUGGCUGCGGGACUCCAGAUCGUGAUGCCGAAUGAAGUCACCGUCGCACACAGACACACAGCCUUUGCCAUGCGCUUCAUCAUUGAAGGCGAAGGUGGCUUCACUACUGUAGAAGGCAAACGUCUUCGCAUGCAGCGGGGAGACUUGGUACUUACGCCUCCGUGGCAUUGGCACGAUCAGGGCAAAGACGGGCCGGGAGCCAUGGUCUGGCUUGACGGCCUUGAUGUGCCAAAUUAUACACUCAUGCCGGUGCAUUUUGUUGAGCAUUACCCGUCUCCUGCAUAUCCGUACGAAGAAGUCGAUUCCAAGUCUUCGCCCCUCGUUUUCCCCUGGGUAGCCAUGCAAACUAAGUUGGAUGAGAACGAAGGCGACUGGUCAUCGGAAAAUUAUACCAAGUCAGACGGUACAUCAGUAUCACGAACUCUUGGUGGCGCUGCUGAGCGUCUGAACGCAGGCUGCACAUCGCCUGUCAUUCGUGAGACUGCCUCGUCGAUAUACCACGUAUUCUCGGGCAGCGGGUACACCGAGAUCAAUGGACAGCGCUUUCGUUGGAAGCAAGGCGAUACAUUCUGUAUACCCGCAUGGAAUAAGUAUCACCACGCUGCCGAUAUAGAUAGUCGCAUAUACCUAUAUAGAUUCCAUAACAAGCCGAUGUUGGAGGCAUUAGAAUAUUACCGCACUGAGACCAAUUAA